AAAACACACAGAAGAGAGACUGUCGUGUCUGAGAGAAAUUUGGCGUGUACCCUUUCGGGCAUCUCAAGCAGAAAAACACUGAAUAGCUAUGAAUAUUUAGGAGAUUAAUCCGUGUUCCUCGGUAACGGCUACUUUUGAUGUUCGUAAAGUAAAGGGAGGAGACGGGCUUUUGCGAUUACUGAGGGUCCUGAAUUCGGUUGCAGAUUCAGUAAUGGAUUACAACUGCAACAGGAUGGUUGGGUCUGUGCCUUUGUUAUGCGAUGAAUUCUUUCUGCGAUUCAAUGCUGGUGCUGUUAAUUGGGGUGUUGCGAUUUUUUUUCCGGCUACUGGUGGGGUUUAAUGGAAGUAGCUUUAUUCUAUGCUAAAGGGAGAAGAACCCUCGAAUAAAGUGGGUCAUCCCAAUUUGGGGACAGUUAUGCUAUGCCAGUAGAAUCCCAGAUUCAAUUGGGAAUGUAUUGGAUCCUAAGAACUGCAACAGGGUUUUGAGAGGUUUAAUAUUAUUGUACUUCAAUCACAGAUUGGAUGUAUACUGGUUAUAUACUAUGUCAACUAAGGUUAUAAGUGCGUAAUGGGGGCUCCAUACUCCAUAGUAUCCACUGACUAGUUCUCUUAUCCAUAUUGCCAGUGCUUGGUGAGCAUUGGAAUUGGCAAGGAGAUGGUAGUUGCCCUCGAAAGGAUUCUAAUUAUGCAGAUGUCUCUAAGUGCUGUUGGAACGAAAUCACUCUGAAUGAGGAAGAUAUUUCCUACAUGUUGGAUGAUCAAACAACCCCCAUGAAGGCCUCUGGUGAUUUGCAUGUUACUCAUUGUGAGAAUAUAAACAAGGAUCCAGAGCAAUGUAGGGAGGCUUCUUCACAAGUAAAGAGGCGACGGAUGCUACAGUUUGAUACUGAAGUAGUAGAUUCCCUAUUAUGCAGUGAAGAGAUUCCAUCUGUGUUUUUAAAAUCAAAUGAGAGGAAGGACUCGUUUGAAGAGGUUUUACCCCAAGUGUCAGAGUGGGUAUCUGGGUUUUCAGAACAUGUGUCUGCCUCCAGUUACAAGGGCCUAGAUCAGUCAUCUGAAGAAUGGCUUGCCGAAUGCUUCAAUGACACUCAGUUGAAUUUUCUCUGUGAUGAUAUGAAUUACGCUGGAGCAGCCGAUAUUCAAAUUGAUUUUUCAGAGUUGUAUAAUUGUCCGACUGAAACUGAAAAUGUGGUUCGACAGCAAGUUACUAGGACUCCUCGAAAUAUUGUCUUCAAAGGUAGGAAAUCAAUCAAACAAACACCAACUAAGUUAGCUUCUUCUGUUACUUCACCAUUUACCUUCAUCAAACCUUGUGGAGUCCAUGGAGAUGUUACUUUGAAGGACAUAAACCAGAAGAUCCACACUCCACCAAAAUCAAAGCAAAAUUAUGAAGAUCCUGCUGUUUACCCUACUUCGCCCUUCUCUGGCAAGCCUGUAGUCGGCAAAACAAAAAUUCGUACAGAUGGAGGAAAAGGUAGCAGCAUCACAAUCAUGAGAACCAAAGGAUAAGCAAAUGAGUGCUUUUCAACUGUGCUAUGAAGCCUUGUUUUCUCACCUUCAAAAUAUUGUUGGUUGAAGGGUUUCUCUGUUUCAUUUCCGGGCAGCACAGUAUGUAAGUUGUUAUUGCAUCUCUUGUUGCUGCUGUUCAUAUUAUUGUAGUUGUGUCAUAUAGCUGUUUUUUUUCUCUAUACAUGGUGAAAUUUUUCUAAGAUUGGAAUGAAAAACCUCGUGUGCUUCAGAUCUGGGUAUUUUCUUUUAGCGUAAGAAAACCGUACCAAAUUGCCAAUACCAUUUAAAAUCUUUUAGUCUUCAUGCUUGUGUGCUGUAAUUGUUGAGUAGGUGUAUUUAACAUGAGUUGUAAUCUACAAAAAAUUGCAUCUUGGAUCUUUUUGAAAGGCAAGUUCAAACUGAUUUGCGCACUUGUGUUCUAGUAUUACAUGUAUAUUUGACAUUGAACUUGGUUUACAUGCAUUAUGCUUCAUUGCA